AUGGUGCUAAAAGCAGAAAGUUACUCAGAUAUUCUCAAGGGUAAAAUGGUCACAAAAGGAGAAGAGUACACAGAACUCAGUCAACCCACCAAUGUUGCUAACACUGCAAGUCAUGAAGCAUCAAGAAAGAGAAAAAGGAGAAAAGCAAAGGAUAUCGUUUCUCCCCCUCCAAAAGAUCUGAAAUCAGAUAAAAAUAUUUCAAGAAGAGCAAUAUUCAAGAGACCUUUUUUGGAUGACUUUUUAAGAUUUUGCUUCCAAAGAUUUGAUGUUGCAAUUUGGUCAUCAAGAACAAGGAAAGUUCUAGACCCUGUGGUUGAUUAUUUGUUAGGAGAUUUAAAGAAGAAGUUGUUGUUUCUUUGGGAUUUGUCACAUUGCACAAAUUCAAGUGCUAGGAGCCUUGAAAACAUACAUAAGUUCAUAGUUUUUAAGGAAGUCAAAAAAAUUUGGGAAAAAAUUGAAUUUUAUGAUGAAUCAAAUACAUUAUUGUUGGAUGAUUCUCCAUAUAAAGCGUUACUAAAUCCCAAGCAUACUGGAGUCUUUCCCUUGUCUUACACCUACAGGGAUACAAAUGACAACUCUUUAGGACCUAAUGGAGAUCUUAGGGUUUAUUUGGAAGGUGUGGGGACCACUGAAAAUGUAAAGACGUAUGUAGAGCAACAUCCAUUUGGUCAAAAUGCCAUUGAUAAAAGAAGCCCACGUUGGGCCUUUUACUCUAAGUCAGUAAUAAUUAUCACUGACUGUGACAAAGUUGUUGAAACUGGUUGA